UUCCCCAGGCAAUCAAUCUGUUCAGCUCUACUUAGAAUCAUGCUAAGCUUUAAUUUAUUUUCAAUCUUAGUCAUCAAUAUUUUAGCAUGUAUAUACGCGGAAAAAGUUUGUGAAAUAUCUACGAUUUGCGGCAAUGCAGCUUCAAUAAGAUCUCAGAUGAUUGCAGUGCGUGUCGAGCAGGAGCGACAUGGUGAACUAUUGGACGACUUGACCCAGAAACUGGACAGCUGCCUUUCCAAAACUGGCGUGGAAACAAAGCUCUAUGGCAAGAGUUGCGCCGAACCUUCGGUCCUCACCCAGAACAGUGAAAUCAAUGUGAUCGUGGUGCCCGAGUACAGUAAACACCCUUUCGUGGUGGCCUGCGAUCAACUGAGCCAUGGUGGCGGCUGGACUUUAAUCCUGCGUCGCACAGAUGGAAGUGAGGACUUUUUCCGAGACUGGAACGACUACAAGAAUGGUUUCGGCAAGCUGGAGAACGAAUUCUUCUUGGGACUGGAUAAGCUACACGCCAUGACUACAGCAGAGCAACAGGAGCUGCUUGUCCUGCUAGAGGACAACGAGGGCGAUCGACGGUACCAGAAGUACGACAACUUCAGAAUCGGUUCGGAGGAGAAUGGCUUCGCGCUAGAGUCCUUGGGCAACAAUUCGGGCAACGCCGGCGAUGCCUUGGCCACCCAUCUGGGACAGAAGUUCACCACCAAGGAUCGGGAUAACGACAAACACGCUACGGUCAACUGUGCAAUUAACUACAGCAGUGCCUGGUGGUAUAAUGCCUGCCAUCACAGCAACUUGGCAGGCAAAUACGGCGAUAACGCGCAUGGCAAGGGCAUCAACUGGUAUCAAUUCAAGGGGCAUACCUACUCUCUGAAACGUGCGCAAAUGAUGAUAAGGCCUAAAAAGCAGUGCCACUAAAACAAAUCAUCAUAAAUCAUCAAUAUUUGCUUUGAAGCAAACAUAUAUUAUUGUUUUAAUUGAUUCUAAAUUGUCUUCCAUUAGCAAAUUUAUUGUGACUUUUAACAUCAUAUUUUUUACUUUAAAGCCAUCUUGAACGAUAGCAA